GGCGGCGGCUGCCCAACGCGGGCCGUGCGCCGGCCGCGGCCGCCGGAGGACGAGGCGCCGCCGCGAUGGAGCAGCUAUCAGAUGAAGAAAUUGACCAUGGAGCUGAAGAAGACAGUGACAAGGAAGAUCAGGACCUGGACAAAAUGUUUGGAGCCUGGCUGGGGGAGCUGGACAAGCUCACUCAGAGUUUGGAUUCUGACAAGCCCAUGGAACCAGUAAAAAGAUCUCCUCUUCGCCAGGAAACAAACAUGGCCAAUUUUUCUUAUCGCUUCUCCAUAUACAACUUGAAUGAAGCUCUGAAUCAGGGAGAAACUGUGGAUCUGGAUGCCCUGAUGGCUGAUCUUUGCUCAAUAGAGCAGGAGCUCAGCAGUAUCGGCGCAGGAAAUAGUAAGCGUCAAAUCACAGAAACAAAAGCCACUCAGAAGUUACCUCCUAGCCGACAUACAUCAAAACAUGGCACCUUGAAAGGACUGUCUUCUUCGUCUAAUAGGAUAACUAAACCAUCGCAUGCCAACUACUCCCUGGAUGACAUCACUGCACAGCUAGAACAGGCCUCCUUAAGCAUGGAUGAGGCUGCCCAGCAAUCUGUACUAGAAGAUGCUAAACCCUUAGUAACCAAUCAGCACAGACGAACAGCAUCUGCAGGCACAGUGAGUGAUGCUGAAGCACGCUCUGUUAGUAACUCCUCUCGUUCCAGCAUCACUUCUGCAGCCUCCAGCAUGGACUCUUUGGAUAUCGAUAAAGUAGCGCGCCCUCAAGAGCUGGAUUUGACACAUCAGGGGCAGCCAAUUACUGAAGAAGAACAGGCUGCAAAAUUGAAAGCUGAGAAGAUCAGAGUUGCCCUAGAGAAGAUUAAAGAGGCACAAGUGAAAAAGCUGGUGAUUAGAGUCCACAUGUCUGACGAUAGUUCUAAGACAAUGAUGGUGGAUGAGAGGCAGACAGUGAGACAAGUCCUGGAUAACCUGAUGGACAAAUCCCACUGCGGGUAUAGUUCAGACUGGUCGCUGGUGGAAACCAUCUCUGAGUUACAAAUGGAGAGAAUUUUUGAAGACCAUGAAAACUUGGUUGAAAAUCUUCUUAAUUGGACGAGAGAUAGCCAAAACAAGCUUAUAUUUAUGGAGCGUAUAGAAAAAUAUGCACUUUUCAAAAACCCACAGAAUUAUCUUCUCGGGAAAAAGGAAACAGCUGAGAUGGCAGAUAGAAACAAAGAAGUGCUUUUGGAGGAAUGUUUCUGUGGAAGUUCUGUAACUGUACCAGAAAUCGAAGGCGUCCUGUGGUUGAAGGAUGAUGGCAAGAAGUCCUGGAAGAAGCGCUAUUUUCUCCUGCGAGCGUCUGGGAUCUACUAUGUCCCAAAAGGGAAAGCAAAGGUGUCUCGGGAUCUGGUGUGCUUUCUCCAGCUGGACCAUGUCAAUGUUUACUAUGGACAAGACUAUCGGAACAAGUACAAAGCUCCUACAGACUAUUGCCUAGUGCUGAAGCACCCACAGAUCCAGAAGAAGUCUCAGUACAUCAAAUACCUUUGUUGUGAUGAUGUGAGGACCCUGCACCAGUGGGUCAAUGGCAUCCGCAUUGCAAAGUACGGGAAGCAGCUCUACAUGAACUAUCAGGAUGCCGUGAAGAGGACAGAGUCAGCUUAUGAUUGGACUUCCUUAUCCAGCUCCAGCAUCAAAUCAGGAUCCAGUUCCUCCAGCAUCCCAGAGUCUCAGUCGAACCACUCGAAUCAGUCUGAUAGUGGUGUGUCUGACACGCAGCCGGCAGGCCACGCCCGCUCCCAGAGCAUCGUGAGCUCCGCCUUCUCUGAGGCCUGGAAGCGAGGCACACAGUUGGAAGAGUCCAGCAAGGCCAGAAUGGAGUCCAUGAAUAGGCCCUACACUUCACUGAUGCCCCCUUUGUCCCCACAGCCUAAGCUGGUCACCCCCUACACUGCUUCCCAGCCUUCGCCGCCUCUCCCGCCCCCGCCCCCUCCACCGCCCCCACCCCCACCCCCGCCUCCCCCACCGCCCCCGCCGCUGCCCAGCCAGUCGGCACCGUCGGCCAGCUCAGCGGCUCCAGUGUUUGUCAAGUACAGCACGAUAACCAGGCUGCAGAACGCGGCUCAGCAUCCGGGGCCCCUGUUUAAGCCGCCCCCGGCCUCCACCGCACAGUCGGGAAAGCCUCAGAUCCUGGUGCCCCCCAGCGGUGUGGUCCCCGCCCCCACCCCCGCCCCGCCCCCCACGCCUGGCUCGGCCAUGGCCCAGCUGAGACCCGCGCCCUGCGCCCCCGCCCCGCCCCUGAAGAUUCAUCACCUUCAGCACGGUACUCCAGCGGCUCCUCCGACACCCCCGCCACCACCUCCCAUUCCUGCACCCCUCCCUCCCCAGGCUCCCCCCAAACCCCUUGUGACCGUGCCCCCACCAACCAGCACCAAGCCUGUGCCACCCUCUGCGACACAAGCUGUGCCACCCACACCUACUCCUCCAGUGCCCCCAGCAAAAAAGCAGCCCGUUUUUCCUGUUUCCCACGUGCCGCCCUCUCCCCCCGCCCCUCCUAGUCCAGUCCCCCCACCCACGCUGCCCAAGCAGCAGAGCUUCUGUGCAAAACCGCCUCCCUCCCCGCUGUCCCCGGGGCCCUCGGUCGUGAAGCAGAUCGCCAGCCAGUUCCCGCCCCCUCCCACCCCGCCUCCGGGGGAGCCGCCGGCCCCGAAGCCCACCUCCGCCAGUGCAGCCCCGCAGUCCCCUCCUGCUGUGAAAGCCAAACCCAAGUGGCAGCCCGGCGCGGUGCCUGUCCCGUCCCCGGACUUCCCGCCCCCUCCUCCCGAGAGCAGCCUGGUGUUCCCUCCCCCUCCUCCCCCGGCCCCGGCCCCGGCCCCGCCCCCGCCGCCGCCCGCAGCUUCGCCCGCCCCGGACAAGGACAAGAGCGGGUCCCCAGGCAGAAAGCCCGGCAAGACGGGCAGCCCGGGGGCCAAGAAGCCGCCCCCGACGCCGCAGCGCAACUCCAGCAUCAAGUCGAGCGGCUGCGCGGAGCAGCCCGAGCCCAGGAGGCCCUCGGUGGACAGUCUGGUCAGCAGGUUCGCGCCGCCUGCAGAGCCCUCGGGGUCUCCCGGCAGAGAGCCCCCGCCGCCCCCGGCCGCGCCCCCCAAGCCGGGGAAGCUCCACCUGCCCGGCGGCCCCCUGCCCGGGACCCUCCCGCAGGGGCCGGCGGCGGCGGCGCCCCUGCCGAGCGGGCGCGGGCGGGACCCCGGGGCGGAGUUCCCCUCCCCGCCCCCCGAGGCCGACUUCCCGCCGCCGCCGCCCGAGGGCGAGCUGCCCCCGCCCCCCGCCGACGUGCCGGCCGCCUUCCCCGGCAGCGCCUCGCCCAGGGUGGCGGUCGUCCCGCCGCAGCCGCAGCCGCAGCCGUGGGCCAAGGCGGCCGCGAGGAAGGCGCCCCCGCCCACGCGGCCCAAGCGCAACGACAGCACCCGCCUCACUCGCGCCGAGCCCGCCGCGCCCACCUCGCCCGGCUCCCCCAAGGCCGGCCUCGGCGUGCGGCCCGCCUUCCUGGCCGACCUCAGCCGGACCCUGCAGCGCAAGUCCGUCACGCGGCACGGUUCCCUGUCCUCCGCGCGCGCCGCCAGGCCCGAGCCCACGGCCACCAUGGACGACAUGGCGCUGCCGCCGCCGCCCCCGGAGCUGCUGUCCGAGCCGCAGAAGGCUGCCUACGGCGGCGGCCACCUAGCGGGCUACGCCACGCUGCGGAGAGGGCCGCCGCCCGCGCCGCCCAAGAGAGACCAGAGCACCAAGCUCUCCAGGGACUGGUAGCCGCCUGGCGGCCGCUGCCAAGCUAUCUGUCAGUCCCGGUCGGCUCACCCGAUCGAUCGGCGCUCAGCUCCCGUGUUCACAGCCUCCUGGGAUGAUGCUGUCGUUCAGGAAGUGUCCGGCGGUGUGUGCGUGCGUGUGCACACCGCUAUACAUAGGUAGAUAGUGUGUGUGUAUAUGUAUAUAUAUGUAUACAUAUAUGGAUGUGUAUAUGUAUAUAUAUAGCUGUGAGUGAUUCUAUUUAUUCCUUUUCGCUCCUAAUCUGAAAAUGGGUCUCGUGUAUUUUGGGUGGAAGAGGCAUGGAAGGAGGUGUGUGUCCUGUCCCUUAUGAUUUCUGUUAUCGGUCAUGUGGAUUGGACCAAAAACUUUUAAUGACUUAUUUAGAAGGUAUUUUAUAAGUGUCCAUGUGCGGCCUAUCUGUGCAUGUUGUGUAUUAUAUAUUAAGGAAUAGAUGUAUAAUGUGCUGUUUCUCAGUUUGAGAAGACAACCAGAAUGGUGUAUCUGUGGGGUUUCUGUUGGUUUUCUCUCCCGUUAGCUGAAGUUAGAACUGCUUAACUAACACUUGGUGACUGUUCAUAAAGGGCACUUUAAAUCAGGCGAGUCUCAGCUUCGUAGAACGGGUAAAUGAUGCGGGGCGGGGGGCGCCCGCAGGCACUCUGUGCAGGCUGUCACAGAAAGUGACUCCAUGGGGUAACUAACGACACCGCCCGGAUCUGGGAGGCGCUCCGUCACGGGUGAGGUCUGCCCACCAUGCGUGGCUCCGAGUGCUGGGAUCCUGAACAGCGCUUUUAUCCUUUCCGAGAGCUUCGUGAAGCUUCAUCAAGCGUGGUGUCACAGUCCUGGAGUUGCUUUAUUGUAAGAAUAUCCGACAGGAUGCCCCGGGAUGCUCUAGUCCCGGUGUGUCUUUGGCUCACCAGUUCCCCUCUUACAGAGUGUGCUCUGGGUAGAUGUUUUUAGGUAUCUGCAGACAACUGCUCUCUCAAAUAGACACAGCCUGUGUCCGACACGGUGCAUCAUUACGGAAAACAAAAUCCCCUUCUCGAAUGCAUCUUUGUGUAUUGCUCUCCAGAAGGGUGGGUGAUGAGAAAAGAGAACAGAACUGGCACCCGUACAGGUGUCGUUAAUCAGGUUGGAUGUGGACUGUAAUGUGUAAUACAGAGAGUUUAUUUAAGUAUGGGACUCUCAUGGAGGAGGAAGAACAAAGGAGGUUUGGGACGGUUUCAUCCGUAGCUGCUGGAGCACACGAGGACCCUUGCUUGUUGCAGCCUGUCGUGGAGGUCUGUCCAGGUGAGCAGCUGUUCUCAUGGAGUAGUCUAGUCCAAGCACAGCGAGUGACAUAACAUGCACGUGCAAGUUGGUACAACAUGGAAUCAUGCUCUAAUGACACUGUAAUUCGGUAUGCUUCACAUUAUCCUCCUAUGUGGUUUUUUUUCCUGUGAAUUUUCCUUGGUAUAUGAGAGACAUGUGUAUGUCUCAUCAAUUUAUGAUGAUAAACUGACCAUUAGGAAUAAAAUGCAAUGUCAGACCUAGCCAUCCCAGCAAUGGUAAAUGAGGACGUCUUGUAAGGAAGUCUGUGCCUGUUGUGAACAAGGAACAAGUGACGGCAGUACGGUGAGGCAGAUAGUCACUCAUUCAAGACUACGUGGCAGCUGUACUGUGUACACAGCCACCCCUGCAGCCCACUCUCUAGGAAGGUCAGCCUCAGAGCGGACAGUGCACCCCUCCCCGCCACGUCUCCAGGACGUCGUUCAGUUAUUCAUGUGCUUAUGGAGCAAUAAGAAUAUAUACCAUUGUGCAUUUUUUAAAGCCCUGCUUCUUUAAAAAAUACUUUUUGGAUCUUUCAAUUGUUCACAAAGUUUUCUGUGCUUGAUAUUCUUAAGCUUAUGAAGUGACCUUUAACACCUCUGUAUUGUUUAGGCCUGCACAGCAGUGUGGGUAACGUUUGAGUCACGUUUGGGUCCAGACGGCCAGCUCCACUGUGGCUCAGGAGUGAAGGACUUCCCCGUAGUCUUCUGCCUGCAGCUUUAUAUUCUAAGGAGCGCCCUCACUUGUGGGGUGAAGAAUUAUUAAGACUGUGAAUCCAAUGAGAUAAAUAUACAUCACUAGGGUUUUCUGUUGUGGUGGUAGUGGUCUUUUUCUGUAUGAAGGUGGACAACUUCAGCUCUCCUUGAGGGAAAGGAACUGUGCGCCCUCCAUCCUCCUGUGCCCGUCACUUGAGCCCUGAGUUACAGCCUCUGGGUUUUCGGCGUGGGAUUUCCCGGGACUUCUUGCUUUGGUCAGUCCUGAUGAUGGCCAUCCUGCACCGACGCUUCGAGAGUCUCAUUCUCCUGAAAGAGCAGCCGUCCUUCAGAACUAGGCACCCCGAGAAGACAGCAGGGCCGGAGGACCCGCGUAACGGUCACCCCGUCUGGCAGCUGGCCUGACGACAGGCUGUUUCCCUUUCCAUUUCUCCAAAGACGGAAAAGACUAUUAGUUUUUUUCCUUUAUGUCUGAAACAAGUGAAUCAAACUCCAAAAUGAUAUUUUAGAUUUUACUUCUAGUGUUCUACUCCCUAGUGGGGUUUUUUUAAAUUAGAAUUUGUGUUGGGCUGUGGUUUUGUGGGGCUUUUGAGGCUGCUAUUAGUUGUGUAGCUGUUCUCUUCCUCUAGUGUUCAUGGAAACACCUGCUGCCACAUGACACUAGGACUGUGCCUUCUGUCACUGCCUUCUGCUCAGCAGCUCACCCAACACAGCUGCUUCAGGUCAAAGGGGAAGAGCCACAGCUGAUGUGUCUGCACCGAAAGGCAAAUGCAGGAUGGACGCGUCCUGCUCUUAAGGCCGUGCACACACGUGCCUGCCUGAGCGCGUGACACCCUCAACUGUAAUAAUUAACUUGGAUGAUUUCAAAAUCGGUCACCCUAUGCUGAAAGCUUUGGCACCAACUCCGAAGGGCAGCAGAGCCUAUUCUGUUAAUAAACAACUGACAGCAGGCUCACUGGUGGUGAUGGAAACGUCAACAGCUUGCCUUGACUACUCAAAUACAUCGUUUUCUUUAGCUGCUGUAAUGCUGACUUGGAAAAAGUAUUCUUAAGGUUUUUACAGAUACCCACUUAACUGUAAAUUGGUUUUUUUUUAAUUUCUGGAACUUUUUAAAAUGAGAAAAAUAGCUAACUCCUAAGAAAAGUUACAAGAAACGAUUUUCAUCAGAAAAUUUCAAACCAAGUAGUAUAGACACAAUGGUGUCCUCCAGCCCCCAACAAGGUGCUCCGGCCACGCUGCCCAGCCUGCCGCUGCUCUAACCAUCUUGGAAGUCCCUUCCUGGUGUAAUUAAGUUGACUUGCCACUGAAGCCAGUGCCGAGUUUAUUAAGAACGUUCAUCUAAACAGCACUGAAGGAUGGUGAAUCAUCAUUAGAUCGGAGUGACAACUCUGACAUCCAGUUAGUUUCAGGAGCAGCUAUUCGGGAAGAACACAACUGCUACGAAGCGUGUGUGAAGGCGGCCAGGUUAUAAAGUAGCCUGAAAAACCUUCAGGUAAUGGUGCGGACUGAUUUAGCUAUCAGGUCCCCAGCCAAACCUCUGUCACCUUUAUUCCUCAGCUGAAAGCAACUUUAUUACAAACACGAGGUGAUUUUUAAAAAGCAAGAAACUCUUUCCUAGUUUUAUAGAUUAUAUCAAACUUUCACAUACCUUGAGAGCUAACAAAUUAUAACUGAUGUAAUUUCACCGAUUUUAUUCAAGUUUAGACCAAUUAAACCUGUAUGAGCCUGUAUGAUUACAGGUAUAAUGACGUGCUUUAAAUAAAAUAGGUAUAAUAAUUUGGUUUUAAACACUGAUGAGAGGAUGUCUAUUUCUAAAAAUCACUUUAGGUUUCAAGUACCUUUUGGCAAUUUGAGUUUUGUUUUAUACACUUCACAUAUCAUUUGCCUAAAGCCGCUGAUCCCUGACCUUGUAGGAACGUGAGCACAGAGAUGCAAGUGGAACAGAACUAAAGAUCCCACUAGCUUUUAAGAUUUUCCUUUAAAAACCCAAUAGAAGAACAUUUCUAUACCUUUACCAGUCUGUCUCUCAAACUAAAAAAGUGCUCAGUUCUUAAUUGUACCCUCGGAAGGUCUAUAUGUAAAAGGAAAUCUGAAACUUAGCUGUAGGAUAAACUUGCUGAAUAAAAAUAAGCAAAACAAUAUACUUGAUAAAUACUUGAAGGGAAAAAAUCUCCAAUUGGUUUGCUCUUUGCUUGUUGAAGUCAUAAACCCUUUAGAGAAAACAGUGUCUGCUCUAAUCCCCAGUGCCUUGAACUCUUUUGGAGGAACAGCAUAAAACAAAUCCAACAACCAAAAUUUGAGGUGCUAACGCAAGAAGGUGGUGAGUAUUUCUGUUUGUGCAGAAACAGGACGUAGGACUGUCCCAAGCGAGAUGGCUUCAUCUGCCUACACGGGGUCUGGCCGUUUUCUACCAAAGACAUUUCAAGAAGCGAGUCGGGGUGAUGGCGACGGCUGUGUGUUUAGAAGAUGGCUAAGUUCACCAGUGAGCGUGCGAACACCAAGCUUGUCACUGGAAGCCUCACCCUCUUCCUAGGCGGAACAUGUGAGCAGCACUUAGAGAAUCUUAGCAUUUGGGAGCUGUCCAUUGUUUCAGUUUAUUGUAACCUAAUACCAAAAACUGCCAUUUUCCAUGAUUCCCACCUCCUAUAUUUUUUGUCUCUACCUGUAAAUAAUUCCUCCUAGAAAAUAAGCAUUAACUGGAAUGUUUCACACGAUUUUGCUUAAUUUUAUUCUCAGCCACUAGUGAACUCCUUUUAUAGAAAUGUACAUUUAAAAUAUCAUUAGCUUGUGCUAAAUGUAAAAACAUUGUUUUCUGUUUUAAAGAAAAAUUGCAUAUUAUAUUGAACUGGGAUUGCUCCCUUUCUUCCCUUUAAAAAAUGGAGUCAAGGCUCACACUGACAUCUAGGCUGUGGGAGCUUUGCCCUAAAUAGACACAAUGUAGGAAUAUACUUUUUAAAGCAUGAAAAAGGCGGCAAAAGGAAGUGCGUGAUAAAGUACCCAGUGGAGGACACUGUCCAAAUGAUUAUGCACAGCUCGCUCGGGAAAGAUGAAGUGCCCAUGUUUCUGUCCGCGCUCUCUGUUCUGUUCUUCGGCUUCAGUGUGUGCUCUCAUUUCAUGACGUGCCUUGCUCCCUGAUUGUGCAAACCUAUCUAUAUAGAGAUAUAUAUGAGAGAGAUAUAUUCAGUACUACUGACGAGGUUUUUGUUUUACUGCUGGAUUAAGUUAUUUUCCGAGUUACUCUUGCCAGUUCCUGUCAGUGAACUAUUGUAAUGGCUUAGGACAGUAGUCACACAAGUCAGUGUAAACUUGUUUUUCCGUUACGAUUUUCAUUAUGUCAGCUUACCCAAUCCUUAAUAAAAAGAAUACAUGCAUUUCACUUAA